AUGAUCGAGCACCAAAUCGCUGCCCUUGCCGAAGCCGGUGUCACUAACAUUGUCCUCGCCGUCAACUACCGUCCCGAGAUCAUGACUGCUGCUCUGCAAAGGUACCCAUUCCGUUUCACUGCAGCCUACCCAGCUCUGACUCAUCUCCCAGUUCNNGAGCAACAAUACAACGUCAAGAUCGAUUUCUCCGUCGAGACCGAGCCCCUGGGCACCGCUGGUCCUCUGAAGCUCGCCGAGAAGAUUCUCGCCAAGGACGACACUCCCUUCUUCGUGCUGAACUCGGACGUCAUCUGCGACUACCCCUUCAAGCAACUGGCCGACUUCCACAAGGCCCACGGCGACGAGGGUACCAUCAUUGUCACAAAGGUCGAAGAGCCAUCAAAGUAUGGUGUCGUUGUCCACAAGCCCAACCACGCCUCCCGCAUCGACCGCUUCGUCGAGAAGCCCAUCGAGUUUGUCGGUAACCGCAUCAACGCCGGCAUCUACAUCAUGAACACCAGCGUCCUCAAGCGCAUCGAACUCCGCCCCACCUCGAUCGAGCAAGAGACGUUCCCUUCCAUGACCAAGGACGGGCAACUGCACUCGUUCGAUCUUGAGGGCUUCUGGAUGGAUGUCGGUCAGCCCAAGGAUUUCCUGUCAGGAACUUGCCUGUACCUCUCCUCCCUCACCAGCAAGAAAAGCCCCGAGCUCACAUCUACCUCCGAGUCAUAUGUUCACGGUGGCAACGUCAUGAUCGAUCCCUCAGCAAAGAUUGGAAACAACUGCAAGAUCGGUCCAAACGUCGUCAUUGGCCCCAACUGUGUCAUCGGAGACGGUGUCAGACUCCAGCGCUGUGUUCUCCUCUCCAACUCCAAGGUCAAGGAGCACGCCUGGAUCAAGAGCACAAUCGUUGGCUGGAACAGCGUUGUCGGUCGCUGGGCUCGUCUCGAGAACAUUUGCGUUCUCGGUGACGACGUGACCGUUGGCGAUGAGAUUUACGUCAACGGUGGAAGGUAUGCACUCUCCUCAAAAUUCCCUCCCGACUUGCGAAAACUAACAUCACUCGCANGUGUCCUCCCUCACAAGAGCAUCAAGGCCAACGUCGAUACUCCCUCGAUUAUUAUGUAA